CACUAAUCACCCACCCCCACCACCACCACCGGCCGCGUAGUUACGCAACGAAUCAAUCACCCCCGCGGUGAUUACCACUGCAAACACCACCACCGCCGCCGUGGGAACCGGCAUUAGAAGCGAGGAGACGACUAAUCAAGCCACCAAAAAAAAAUUUAAGACCCCUCCCUCCUCCUUGCCGCACUCACCACCAACCUGUAAUGUGAACCUGCUGCUCUGCGAGUUAUCGGUGUUCAUCCAGCAGCGAGAGCGGUGGCAGUGGUACUAGGAGUCUAGGACGAGUGGUGGGUACUGGUUGUACUGGUGGUACGGCGGUUUCAGCGGCGGAGUUCUCGCGGGAUUGUCUCGUUCGUCUGAUCCGGCGCUGGAGGACGGCGGUUGGUUUCUUUUUCUUCUGCUGCUUCGCGAGCGGGUGUGAGAGAUCGGUUCCAUGCGGGGGUCGCUGCUGCUGGCCUCGGGCCGUCAGGGUUUGCAAGCGGAAUCUACUCAACUAUGACGGAUUAGCCUCAAAAUAAAUGAUGGCAGCUGAGGUUAAUCAAACUUUUUUCGCGUGGUCACAAGGAGAACCAACUGAACGGGACGGUUCUCAAGGUGUAUCUGUGUCCCAGAAAAUUGAUCAUGGUUCCAUCUCCUUUGGAAGAUUCGAAUUGGAGUCUCUAUCAUGGGAAAAGUGGUCAGUAUUUUCUGAUGACAAGCGUCAUGAAGAAUUUGGCAAAUUCAAUGGUUUAGUUGCACAGAAGAAGGCAUAUUUUGAAGAGUAUUACAGGAAAAUUAGAGAACUGAAGGCACAGCAGCAAAACCAGCAAACUGAACUUAUUUUGGAAUACAGUGGUGAUGGCAGUGAUUCGAGUCAGACAGGAGAAUAUACACAAGGUGCAGAGCUUGAAACUCCUACUGGAUCUGGAACUAUCGUUGAUGAUUAUGUGGAGCAAGGUGCACAUGAAACUACCUCUGAGCAAGGAUUGACAUGUUAUGAUGACCAUGAAAACGAGAACUUCAAUGCAGAAUUCUCCUCAUCCAAUAUUUCUUCUUCAGCUGUAGGUUUACAGCAAACUGGCCGGGAUGCUAGAGAAAAUGUACACGGUGAUGAUUCGGCUGGUAAAAUGGAUUUAGAGCAGCAGAAUGCCAUUUCUGGUCAUAGUCUUGGAACAGCAUAUGAAGUUGUAAGGGCUCCUAAAAGAAUUAUCGAGAAAGACUCCAGGCUUAGAUAUGCUCCAAAGAUAGUACCAAAGUCUGUCAAAACCUCCUCCGAUAGUCCUCUGGAUCGCACAUCUGUUAGUAAGAGGCCUGAUUCUCUGAAGCUUGGCAUGAGUAUUAACCAGAAGGCUAAGACUGACAAUGAUCGUUUAUUGAGAGGACCAAAUGUAGCGCCUCAUAAGAUGUCUGGAUCAACCGAAAGGAACAAGCUUACAACAAAACAAACAGGUGUCAGAAGACCUUCCUCUGCAUCCUCACAACGGCCCUCUGUGGGAGAGCGGCACCGGAUAGCCAGGGAGAGCAUAAAAAAGCCUGCUGAUGUUUCCACCCCACGGCGUCCUUCCACUGCAGAAAGGCACCCUGUCACCACAGAGCGUGCAAGGAAGCAAGCCGAUGUAGAUACACCACGCCGACCAUCUACUUCUGAAAGACGUGCUGUCAACAAAGGGAGUGCUGACAUGACCACUACACAUCGCCCCUCUACUGGAGAAAGACGAUCUGUUACCAGGGAGAGUGUUCUGAAGAUGGACGUAAGAACACCUAGCAAGACAAGGCCUACUAUGACGCAACUGAAGGGUGCAACAACCACAGUGGGUAUUGUUAAAAAGGCAGGCACUCCAAAUGCUUCUAAAAGCAUCAACAUGGGAACAAAAAGCAAUAUCAGAGAACUGGAAGGACCUUCGAAAGUGGGCAGACACUCUGUUGGGUCAAAAAUUACGGACCUGCAAAUUGCUGGCAAACAGAAAUCAAGCUCUGUCCACCUUCCUCCACGGAAACUAUUGAGUUCCAGUAUUGGAGAACCAGCACUGCAAACCUUUACAAGGCCAAAAAAGAAAGAUGUUGCAGCGCAAUCUCGAGCAUCUACAUCGAAGAGAGCAAUGACUUUGCACACUGGAAACGUAAAGGGGAGGAGUUCAAAUCCACCCCCACCACCACCUCCACCGCGUCGGCCUUCACGGACGACGAACAGACCAAAUGGCAGUAACUCAUCAACUGUUGGACAAAAGCCAAAGGUUUCAUCAGCACCAAAAUGGCAUUGAUGCAAAGGGAGACUUUCAUUCAACCUACUCUCCCGCACAAAUGAUGGAUCUGCGACAAGUCGCACCGCUACACGAAUCUUAAAGCAUCGGCAUUGCUGUCCACUUCCCCUGAAUGAUGUUUGAUGUUUCUGUAUAUCAGUUCCUCUACUCUCUAGUGCCUCCCCCCUUCCCUUCAGAGCAAGUCCAAUAUAGUGUAUGUAGUUACCUGUAUCAUAUCAUCAACUGCCUAGCUUUGUCGCCCAAGGAACUUAGAACAGUGCUGUACAUACCUCAAAUAAAAUGUUUCGUCAGCUAAAGUAAGGCUACCCUGAACAUGUGAAAAAUCUGUGGUCUCUGAACAUUGUCUGCACAUCAUCAGUAGUAAUGGAAAUCGUUCAUUCUUUUCA